AUGAAGCAAGAGAAAAGAAGGGUCUGGGGAGCUUUUGGUGGAGAUGAAGCAGUGGUUUGGAGGUUUGACUCUAAAUGUGUGAGGAGGAGGCAAAAAGCCAUGAGGGAGUUCUUUCAUUGGGUGGGAUUGUUUGUGUUGGGAGAUGCUAUUCCUUGGCUUAGUUGGUUGGAUUUGGGUGGACAGUACUGCCGAAGAACUGGACAGUAUUGUUUUGGAAUGGUUGGAGGAGCACAAGCAGAAAAUAAUUAA